AUGGUAGCCGAACGACGAACACCAAGUAUCGAAGAAGACAUCGAUCAACUGAAAUUCUUCGCCUAUCCAAGUCAAAAAGUCAAAAUCGACAUCAAUGACAAUGAAUGCUUGUUGAGUAGUGCAGGUGGGUCGAUACGCGUCCCGAAUUUGUCACCUGUCAUUAUACUACGAACCUGCUACAGUUUGCUUAUGCCCAAAUAUGGCUCAUGA